GUAACUGGAUGCACUCUAGAAAAGAUCGACCUACUUUAACUGUCAAAGUACUGUCAAAAUAGUUUCUGUUGCUCAGCCUUACUAGAGGUUAUUCUGCCUUUAUUUUUUGUUUUUUGUUGCAUCAAAACCACUUGAAAAUGACCUAAAAUGUUGUCAUAUUACCAUGUUAAAAAUUGUCUUUAAAGUUUUAUGUUUUUCGUGAAAAAUGUCGGAUUUACUGUGAUCCUUAUGUUGAGUAACAAAAAGUGAAACUUUGAAAUGGCGAAUCGACGAGCCGUUUUGGCAUCUUCCAUGGAAACAUUGCCGAGUUCCAGCGACCCUUUGAGAGAGCUUUUCGAAGCAUGUAAAACUGGGGACAUUUCCAGAGUCAGAAAAUUGGUCACUCCUCAAACAGUUAAUGCAAGGGACACUGCAGGGAGAAAGUCGACACCCUUACAUUUCGCUGCAGGCUAUGGUAGAAGAGACGUUGUAGAAUUUUUAUUAUCAUCUGGAGCUUCAAUUCAAGCAAGAGACGAUGGAGGGCUGCAUCCACUUCAUAAUGCUUGCUCAUUUGGCCACGCAGAUGUAGUGAGACUAUUACUUGAAGCAGGUGCUAAUCCAAACACCAGGGAUAAUUGGAAUUACACACCGUUACAUGAAGCUGCAAUAAAAGGCAAAAUAGAUGUUUGUAUAGCACUUUUACAACACGGUGCCGAUCCAAACAUACGAAACACGGAGGGAAAAACACCCCUCGAUCUAGCAGAUGCUGCCGUGAAACCCGUUCUGACAGGCGAAUAUAGGAAAGACGAGCUCCUGGAGGCAGCAAGGUCUGGGGCUGAAGACAGGUUAUUGUCCCUUUUAAAUCCCCUUAACGUAAACUGCCACGCUAGCGAUGGCCGGCGUUCAACACCCUUGCAUUUAGCUGCUGGAUAUAAUAGGGGGAGGGUAGUGCAACUCCUGCUUCAGCAUGGAGCUGAUGUACACGCCAAAGACAAAGGCGGUUUAGUUCCGUUACAUAACGCGUGUUCUUACGGUCAUUUCGAAGUGACCGAAAUGUUGAUAAAACACGGUGCCAACGUAAACGCCAAUGACCUUUGGGCCUUCACUCCACUCCACGAAGCCGCGUCUAAAAAUCGUAUUGACGUAUGCUCGCUUUUGCUCUGCGAAGGAGCAGAUCCCACGCUACUCAACUGCCAUUCAAAAUCCGCCAUCGACGUAGCCCCUACAAGAGAAUUGCAGGAAAAUAUCGCGUAUGAAUACAAAGGGCAUUGUUUGCUUGAAGCCGCUCGCCAAUGCGACACCACAAAACUAAAGAAAUACAUGUCAUCGGAUGUGAUCGGCUUUAAGCAUCCCUUCAACGGAGACACUGUCCUCCACGCGGUCGUUAAUUCCGUUUACACCAAACGAAAACAGGUGUGUGAGAUGCUGGUGCGCAAGGGGGCCCCUUUGAACGAGAAAAAUAAAGACUUCCUCACGCCCUUGCACUUGGCGGCUGACCAUUCCCAAUACGACGUUAUGGACGUACUAUUACGUCAUGGGGCCAAAGUGAACGCCCUCGACGGUCUUGGACAGACCGCAUUACACCGAUGUGCCAAAGAUGGGAACGUGCAAGCCUGCAGGAUAUUGCUCUCGUAUAACGUGGACACGUCCAUUGUAUCGUUGCAGGGUUACACGGCCGCGCAAGUCGCUUCCGAAGCUGUUAUGAAAAUAUUGCAAGAUCCACCUUCUGGUACUGCUGAUUUAGAAAGUCAGUUGUUGGAAGCAGCGAAAGCCGGAGAUUUGGAGCAGGUACAGAGAAUUUUGGGAACUUAUCCACACAUAGUCAACUGUAGGGACAUGGACGGAAGGCAUUCGACUCCCUUACAUUUUGCUUCGGGCUAUAACAGGGUCUCAGUCGUGGAAUUCUUAUUACAAUGCGGAGCAGAUGUACACGCCAAAGAUAAGGGGGGUUUAGUUCCACUCCACAAUGCAUGUUCCUACGGUCACUACGAGGUGACAGAACUUCUUGUGAAGCACGGUGCCAAUGUAAAUGUAGCAGACUUGUGGAAGUUCACACCUCUACACGAAGCCGCUGCCAAAGGGAAAUAUGAAAUUGUCAAAUUGUUACUGAAGAACGGUGCAGAUCCGUCAAAAAAGAACAGAGAUGGAGCGACGCCGUUGGAUCUCGUCCGAGAAGGGGACGAAGAUGUAGCAGAUCUUCUCAGGGGUAACGCGGCCCUUCUAGACGCUGCCAAAAAGGGUAAUUUAGCGAGAGUUCAAAGACUGGUAACCCCCGACAAUAUUAACUGCCGAGACGCGCAGGGUAGAAAUUCUACUCCAUUACAUCUCGCUGCCGGUUAUAACAACGUCGAAGUGGCGGAAUUCCUUCUAGACAACGGAGCAGACGUUAAUGCGCAGGAUAAAGGCGGACUCAUUCCACUCCAUAACGCGUCGAGUUACGGGCACCUGGACAUUGCAGCCCUCCUCAUCAAGUUCAACACGGUUGUCAAUGCCACCGAUAAAUGGGGCUUUACACCUCUUCACGAGGCAGCCCAGAAAGGACGAACUCAACUAUGUGCUCUCCUACUCGCACAUGGUGCCGACCCAUUCCUGAAAAAUCAAGAGGACCAAGCGCCAGUCGACCUAGCUAUCCAGGAGGACGUCCGUUGUCUCUUACGAGACGCUAUGGCGUCCCAACAAUCGGUACCAACAGCGUCUUCAGCGUCCGUGAACGCCGUUCUAAGACCGCCCUCUGUCGCUUUAUCGCACGCGUCAACAAGCUCGUCCGUCCAAGCUGCAGUUAAAGAGGUGGUGAUAAUGCCUUCAGGAGCACCCUUAACGCUAACUGUCCCAGUAGCGACUACGCGUAUGAGCAUUGCGAUGCCAAACGCCGAAGGAUGUGCUGAAACGUUGAAACUGGAAGGAAGUGUUCAAGAAUCUGGAGAGGUGGUUAAUAUUGCCACAUUUUUAGCCAAUUUAAACUUGGAACAUUUAUUGGAAUUAUUGGAACGUGAACAAAUCACGUUGGAUAUUCUAGCCGAGAUGGGUCACGAAGAUUUAAAGCAAAUCGGCAUUUCUGCAUAUGGUUACCGUCAUAAGUUGAUAAAGGGCAUAGAAAGAUUCGUUGCAAACUAUGGCAGUCCUUGGACGACUCCUUCAAAUCCUGGAACGCUCCUAGUUGACCUACUGACAGAUGACAAGGAAUACAUAGCAGUCGAAGAAGAGAUGCAAAACACAAUCCAAAGACAUCGAGAUAACGGUCAUGCUGGUGGCAUUUUUAGUAGAUACAACAUAAUAAGGAUACAAAAGGUACAAAAUAGGAAAUUAUGGGAACGUUACACGCACAGAAGGCAGGAAGUAGCGGAAGAAAAUGGUAACCAAAGUAACGAAAGAAUGCUAUUCCACGGUUCUGCUUUUAUAAAUGCGAUAGUGCAAAAAGGUUUCGACGAAAGACACGCGUACAUAGGGGGCAUGUUCGGAGCCGGAAUAUAUUUCGCCGAACACUCAUCGAAAAGUAAUCAAUACGUUUAUGGAAUUUGCGGAGGGACAGGUUGCUCGGCACACAAGGAUCGAUCCUGCUACAUUUGUCACAGGCAUUUGCUGUUAUGCCGUGUAACUCUUGGCAAAUCAUUCCUGCAAUUCAGUGCAAUGAAAAUGGCCCAUGCACCUCCCGGGCAUCAUUCGGUUAUGGGACGUCCCUCGGCGGGCGGCCUCAACUACCCCGAAUACGUCGUCUAUCGCGGAGAACAGGCCUAUCCCGAGUACUUCGUCACAUAUCAGAUCGUUAAGCCCGAGGACUGUUCGGGUAGCGAUGUAGAUUCGGAAAGCAGGUGAUUCCCCGAUCCAAGAGACCGCUGGACGCCGUUAUUGUUGCUCGUGCGACCUCGACGAUGCGCGGAACAAGUGAGGGACGCGGUGGCCGCGUGGCUACGAUGCCUCGCGGUCCCCGCGAUGGCUAAAAACAAGUCUCAAAGCACCGGACGGGUACCGCUUGACACGAGUAACGCCACCUUGUGACUGACUACCAACUACACUACUUUAUAAGGUAAUACCUCCAAAUCAAUCUGUUUUUUUUGCGUGUGUAAGGCUUAUACAGGGUAUUCCACGAGGAGGACAUUCAUAUUUAUAAUUUUCUUGACCCUUUGAUAAUGUCAUCAUGGAGGGGCACCCUGUACAAUGUUAAUAUAAUUUAUACCAUUCGGCAAA